UCCUUGUUGAGUGUUCGGGUCAGGGGUGACGCUGCCGCCGGAAGUUCUUGGAGUCUCAGUUAUCGGGGUGACGUUUCGUGUUGGCUAGUGACCCCUUUUAGGGUCCGUCCGAUCGCCGAACUGGGAAGCUGUGGUAGGCCGCAGCCAGUCACUUCCGGUUCCUGCCAUUGUAGAGUCUGGCCGGCAAUGCAUUGCUGGGAGCUUGCUGAAAGCCAAUGACGAGGCAUAUAUGUGCAGCCAUCAAUCGGCAGCUUCUGAGCCUACCUAGGUGGUAUUUUCAACAAAGAAUACAAAUGGAAUGAAAUAAAUUAGAGUGACAAUGAGUUAUGCUGAGAAACCAGAGGAGAUCACUAAAGAUGAGUGGAUGGAAAAGCUUAACAACUUGCAUAUUCAAAGAGCUGACAUGAAUCGUCUGAUCAUGAACUAUCUUGUAACAGAGGGUUUCAAGGAAGCGGCUGAAAAAUUCCGUAUGGAGUCCGGCAUUGAGCCUAGUGUGGAUCUAGAGAGCCUAGACGAAAGGAUAAAGAUACGGGAGAUGAUCCUGAAAGGACAGAUUCAAGAAGCCAUUGCACUGAUAAAUUCCCUGCACCCUGAGCUGUUAGACACCAAUCGAUAUCUGUAUUUUCACCUCCAGCAACAACACCUAAUAGAACUGAUCCGACAGCGAGAGACUGAAGCAGCUCUGGAGUUUGCUCAAACUCAACUAGCAGAGCAAGGAGAGGAGAGCAGAGAAUGCCUAACUGAAAUGGAGAGGACACUGGCUUUGUUGGCUUUUGAUAACCCUGAGGAUUCUCCCUUUGGAGAUUUGCUCAACAUGAUGCAGAGGCAAAAAGUGUGGAGUGAAGUCAACCAAGCUGUGUUGGAUUAUGAGAACCGCGAGUCUACCCCUAAGCUGGCAAAACUCCUUAAACUUCUGCUGUGGGCUCAGAAUGAACUGGAUCAGAAAAAAGUUAAAUACCCCAAAAUGGCUGAUCUUAGUAAAGGAACUGUAGAGGACCCGAAGUAACCUAUGGGAGCCAACCAGGACCAGAACACAACCUGCGUUUACCCUCCUGCAUUAUCAGUCUGUGACUGCAACUAUUUUAAUCUGUGCGCCAAGCCGGACUUUUCUUCCAUUAUUUUUUUUUUUUAACUUGUCCUUGACUUCAUGUCCUAUUUACAGGAAUUAGGGGUCUGACAGGCAAAGCCAGGCAGGUCCAAAUAAAGUAUUUUUCUGUUUUAGUUGCAGCAGACUCCUCAGACUGAAAGAGCAUCUGCUUUUCCUGAUGGACCUGCUACCCAUUAUGGAACAGUUAAAGAGAUGACUAUGCAUUAUCCCCACAAACAGCAGUUUAUUUUCCUUUAUAAUAUGGCACUACAAAUUGUUUUAACUGAACGGAAGUUCUUUAAAUAUGUCAAAAAAAUGAUCUUUGAGUUAAUUUUAAUGCAGUGAUUAUUCUGCUUGACUUUAGUUGUGGAUGUAGGACAUGGGUGCCUGGCACACAGCAUGGAUUAGAUGGGUGUUCAUUCAUUUUGUUUUUUUCCUCUAUUUAUUAUAUGUUGUAAUAUACCACCAUGUGUGACUUGUCAACAAGUUAGUGCGCUGUUAAUUAAGAUCACGUCUUUAGGAACAUCCGUGCUUUUUGCUGUCCGAGACAACUCCUGCAGUUUUAUUAGCUAAUUUUAAUUCUUAGCUGUAGCCUUUUUGCACAGCUUGGAGCUAAAGGGCUGGUUUUGUUUAUAUACAACCGCAAUCCAUUCUGGGGAAAUAUUAUAUAUUUUUAUUCUAUUUGUGGCCAUGACAAGAGUACUUUUGGGAUAAUGUUUAUGUGCAAGCAAUGUUUAUAUAGAGCAGCUUCCAAAGUAAUUAAAUGUUGUUUUGUAACUUAGAUUUCUGAUUUAUUAUAGAAACCUCAAUUCAUGCACAUAGGAUAAUAAGUAAUAAUUCUCUAUUUAACUUAAGUUGAAAUAAAAAAAUAUUUAUUCUAUAGAAACUUUUAUGUGUACAAAGCCAAUGCAGCAUUAUUUUCAGAAAACUUCCUUGCUCUCAGCUUGCUUGUUACAGAGCCAAACACGCACUGAAGGUGUUUAAAUUUGUCUAAGCCAAAGUAUCCGAUCACACCUCUUAUAAAAGUGGGGGUUGGCAAAUUUAUAUUCUACUUUUAACCCAGCAACAAUAUUGUGUCCAAACAAUUUUUUAAAGUGUCUAUCUAAAGGUAUUUGUGUCCUAGAUAUAAGAUCUAGACGUAGUAUUUGGUUAUUAGAGCUAUUUUGGCUAACAGAAUCUUUCAUAAGGUGUCGGAACAAACUUUCAAAUCAGUUAUUCAGAUUCUAAAUCUGACCAUAUUCAUGACAGUUUCUUGCAGUUUGGACCCAUUUUGCACCCAUCAUAUUUUGUUACAAUUAUUAUUCAUGUCUUUUCUAGACUUAAGGUGCUUUGAGAGCUUAAUCAUGCAUUAAUAUUUCAUAGUGAUGUCACCGAUACUUGCAUUGUUGUACCAUGUCACACUUAUGUGCAUGACACUUAAGACGAGUGAAAAGAUUAAUGUGUAGUUUAUGCUCAUAUAUGCUGGUUAUUAGGCUUAUUGUCUCAUUUCCUUGUUUUACAUUGAUAGUUAGAUAGCAUUAGUUUCUAAAGGCAUGAAUAUUUUAUUUUAUUGGCUUGUUAUAUGGGCAUUAUUUCCCAGGAUUAUUUUGGGACAGGGUGUAUAUUGAGUAAAUGACAUUUGUGUAACAUAUGACUGACUGAAAAAAUGUUAAGCUGUCACUUGUAAUGAUGUAAAUUCUAUUUUUUUCUUUUUUUUAGCAUUGCAAAGGUUUAGUGUUUCCUUUAACUCAUACCUUUUGUUUGAAAGUCACACCCACUAUGAAGGAUUGUCUCGUAUGAGGGGAACAGAAUGAGACUAUGUAGCUCAGGCAGCACAUUAAAGGGACAUUAAAUUCAAAACUAACCUUUCAUGAUUCAUUUAGAGCUGGUAAUUUUAACCACCUUUCCAAUUUAGGUUUAUUCUCUAAAUUGCAUUGUUUUCCUGGGAUCAUUUGUCGAAAAGAAUACCUAGGUAGGCUCAGGAGCGGCACUGCUCUACUAGGAGCUAGCUGGUUAUUGGUGGCUGCACAUAUAUGCCUUGUGUCAUUGGCUCAACGAAUGUGUUCAUCUAGCUUCCAGUAUUUCAAUGCUGUUUCUUCAGCAAAGUAUACCAAUAGAAGGAAGCAAAUUUAGUAAAAGAUGUCAAAUUAUAAUUAAAUGCUGUAGCUGAAUACUAAAAGACAGAUUUUGUGUUUCAUGUCCCUUUAACUUAUUGCAGGUUGGUAAUGGCUUAUAGAAAAGGAAGCUGUAUGUGUUGUGGGCUGUGGGGAAAUUGACUCUUACAAUGGUUUCAAAAAUGAAUCUGCAAGAAAGUCGACUGCUGCCAAGUUUCCAAAUGAAAUGUUGGAGCAAAUCCAGCUAGCGAAUGAUGCACUAGAAAGCAAAACAUUUUAAUUAUGUAAAUGUUCAUAGAAUUUAGGGUAUACCCCAUGUCUAACAGUAUAUUAAAGGGACAGUCUAGUCCAAAAUAAAUGUUCAUGAUUCAGAUAGAGCAUGCAAUUUUAAACAACUUUUCAAUUACUUCUAUUAUCUAAUUUGCAUUAUUCUCUUGGUGCAUUUUAUUGAAGAGCAUACCUAGCAAUGCUGGGAGCUAGCUGAUAGGCAUGUGCAUUUGUUGAUUUCGAGUAGCAACGAAUGCCAAAUAUAUUGACUGCCAGCAGCAUUCAGCUGUAUUCAGAGCCGGAUAUCUUUGUGUGAAAGUGCAACACACAAAGAUCUGUGAGAAUCCUGAUCUUUGUGUGUUGCACUUUCACACAAAGAUAUCCGGCUCUGAAUGGAGGCAAGUGCCCCUGGCAGCCAACAUAUUUGACGUUUGUUGCUACCCGAAAGCAAGUGCACAUGUCUAGUAACUGAUAAUAGCGUACAUCUGCCUUAUAUUAUUGGUUCUCUCGAUGUGUUCAGUUAGCUCUCAGUAGAAGUAAAUUGGAAAGUUGUUUAAAAUUGAGCAUUUAAUUUUAACUGUUCCUUUAGAAGCAAACAAUACUAUUUGAAAAGUACAAUUUAUUUUACUAAUAGAUCUCCCCACAAUCCAAGUAGCUUUGCACAGCCAUAUUUUUGUUUCUGUAUUCCCCAGUGUGUGUAGGGAAUGUUAGUUUUUAAAUGAUAGGCUAGUCUAACCUUUGCCAUAGUACAAUACCUUGAUUGGAUUUGGAGUGGAUUACAAAGAACCUGAUUAUACCUAUGUGGCCUGCCAAGUGUUGCCUCCCAUUGUAGGUAUUCAGGAUACAAAUUGUAAAUAGUGAAUUACCUUUUGUAAAUAGGUUUACAGUCCUGUUAAGCAGGACUGUUCUGUAUGAGAUGUGCAUUGGUUGGGGGAUGUUUUACAAUUAAAAUUUCGAAAGAUGUGAAA